AUGCCUCCAAACGAAACUCUCUUUCUAGAGUCUACCACGCGCAUCCAGAAAGACUCCGUUCAUUCGUUUAUGGACUUUCAGGUCUGGGACUUUCCCGGUCAAUUUGAGUAUCUAGAAUCUUCAUUUGAUCUUGAGGAGAUUUUCGGAAGUCACGGUGCCCUGGUUUGGGUUAUUGACGCACAGGAUGACUAUCUAGAGUCUGUUACACGUCUCAACCGGACAAUACUGGCCGUCCAGCAGUAUUAUCCGAAUAUCAACAUCGAGGUGUUUAUCCACAAGGUGGACGGUCUGUCAGAUGAAUAUCGGACAGACACGUUUCAAGAUAUCGUCCAAAUUAUCUCUGACGAGCUCAGCGACGCUGGUUACGAGAACGCACCGGUUCACUAUUACCUAACAUCAAUUUACGAUUACUCCGUUUUCGAAGCGUUCAGCAAAGUGAUCCAAAAACUCAUACCCAACUUGUCUACCCUGGAAAACCUGAUCAACACCUUAUCCAACAAUUGCGGUUUCGAAAAGAGUUAUCUCUUUGAUGUCCUGAGCAAAAUCUAUAUUGCUUCCGACACUCGCCCCGUGGACAUGUCAUGUUACGAGAUGUGUUCAGAUUAUAUCGACGUGAUUGUGGACAUCUCCGAGCUCUACUCUUGGGAUCACCCUGACCGAAAACCAAAAGGCGAGCAAAAUCAGGAAGCCGAAAGCCAUGUUGCACUUCAUGACGAGACCAUGAUUCAUCUGAUGGAAAUGAACAAAUAUCUCUGCCUUGUCUCCGUCAUACGCAAUCCCGAGGCCAAAGAAAAGAAGGGACUCAUUGAUAUGAACUGCCGCACAUUCCAGCAAGCCCUGAAUGACGUAUUCUCGCGCAGCUGGGAGCAGGACCCGGAAGCUGAGCGCAGUCAGGGUCAACCGGGACAAGCACAGAUUGAAGAGCCGCCAACAAGCAACUUCUUGUCAUUAUAG